AUGCCAGGAGUCAUUGAGAACUGGCCUGCAUGGAAGGAGUUCGGUAUUGCCCCGGACGAAAUCACACAGGGCAAGGACUUCGCUAGCGCCAAAGCAGAGAUUAUCGCUCAAUAUGGGGAAGAAGCUCUACGUCAGGGUUGGCUCAGAGUCUGUAAAGACUUGGAAGCGGUCACUGAGAAACUCUCGGCGCUGGGGAGUGAUUCAAUUCCCAUAUUUCAAAUGAAAGAGAUAUGCCACCAUGGGCUUUCGGAUGAGCAAAGUGCACAGUUGAAGUCCAGUGGUUGUUGCGUCGUCAGGGGUGUCAUCCCUGAAGCGGAAGCAGACGCUCUGUUCCAGGACAUGAAGAAUUUGGUCGCCGAGAACCCCGGAAAGAUUCUCGGAUGGCCGCCAGAGUCUCCGUCGAUGUUGAGGCUCUACAACUCCCCGACACAGGUAGCUGUUCGCACACACCCUAAUCAAAUAUUACUUCAAAGAACCUUAAACGCACUUUUCCAUGACGAAUCCAACGAGACAAGCCCUGAGCCGUUAAGCUACACCGACGCAGCCCGGAUUCGUCCUCCAGGACAAGCGUUUCUGGGCCUUGGUCCACACAUCGACGCAGGCAGCUUGUGCCGGUGGACGGAUUUACAGUACCGCAAAGUGUACGACUCGAUAUUUUCCGGCAAUCCAGAAAAGCACGAUGCGUUUGAUCUCAGCGUCCGGAAAAAUGCCGAUCAAUUCUUCUUCAAGGCCAACGCGCAUUCUGUCGUCUUCCGCUCGUUCCAGGGCUGGACCGCGUUGACGCCUACGUCACCUUCUGCCGGUACACUGAUGCUGUACCCGAAUAUCUCGUCGGUUAUCGCUUAUGUGUUAUUAAGGCCCUUCUUUUCGCCUCCUAAGGAUGAGAAGGAUAUCAUGGAUGCGACUAAGUGGACUUUUGACCCGGAGUCGGACUGGUUCCCGGGGACGAUGAAGGAGCAGAGCCAGCGAUUAAGUCUCAGCUCGCAUCCUCAUCUUCGUUUGCGAGAAUGUCUCACCUAUAUUCCGGUUAUGAAGCAGGGGGAUACGGUUUUUUGGCACACUGAUAUGUGUCAUGCGGUUGACCCCGAGCAUAAUGGCGAAGGAGACGCCAGUGUCGUUUAUGUCGCAGCAUGUCCCACGACGGCUAUAAAUAAAGCCUAUAUCAAGACCCAGCUGCAAGCCGCUCUUCUUGGCAAGGGCCCACCAGAUAGUCCCAAUGUGGACAUUGAUGAGAGGAAUUUGAAGGGAUAUAAGGGUUUUGUUGAUAUAUCGCCGGAGGGUAAAACCGUGUUAGGAUUCGAUCUGCUGUGA